UGAAAAAACCGUAAUCCGCACAUCCUCCCAGGUCCCAGCCCCAGCAGCCCGCAACUCUCGGCGGCGCUUGCUCCCCGUCGGCGCACUCGCUUCUCCCUGGUUCCUCGGCGCCGCUCGCUCUACCCCGUUGUCUCUGGCGUGCAGCCUCUCUUGCCUCCCCCCUCGUCGCCCUAGCCGGCCGCGGGUGCGCCCGCGCCCCCACCGUUGUUGUGGCCUGCUGGCCGGAGGCGCACGCGCCCGCGUCCUGGUCCCCGCCUCGUCGUCACCGGAGUCGCGCUGCGCCGUUCGCCUCCUUUCCUGAGCUCUCGUGCCUUCCUCCUCUCUCCCGCCCUAAAUCGGUUCUGCAUGUUACGGAAUACGCAUGUCGUCCACCUCCUGCCUAGCCCCUCCCAUCCCCUGCCGUAGGGUUAGGCUCCCACCUCCCUCCGCCGCCGCCGAGAGGCCAUCACUCAGAUUUAAGCCUGGCGGGGCUGCUCACACCAAGGGAUGGAGGCUGGUUCACAUCUCAUGCUUCAGGCAGGAGCAAGACGUGUCAACAACAUCUGAUGAUGGCACUGGCUUCAAAUACAAUGAGCAGGCGGAGAUCUCAGGGGACCCUGACCUGAAGGAGGAAGACUGUGGAAGCCCCAACAGGGAUGAUCAAAAUUAUGUAAAGGGAGACUGGUUUGUUAGAACGCAGAAGAUAAAGGAAAAUCUACAUGAUACAAUAUCCAGAUUUCGGAAUGAGCGCUGGGCAGUACAUUGGACUGGACAAACAAUUACCCAGGUCAUGUUUUUGUGGAUCGCGACAUUUUGGCUUGUGGGUUCCUGGAUAGUGCCAUUCUUGGCUCAUGCUGCUGGCUUUAGCAAGGAAACAUUGACACACAGAGGCCAAGCAUUAUAUAGCCUCGUGACGGACAUAACUGAAGGCCUUGCUGGGAUUGCUAUCCUUCACCAGUGCCUUGGUAGAUUCCGUCCCCUUCCUCCAGGCUGGUUUGAGUUCAAAUUGAAGGGCAAAUGGCAUUGGGAUGUAGCGUUGGGGUGCCUGUUAUUCCCACUGGUGAAUUUGCUUUCUCACAUCAACAUCAGCUUAGUUCAUAUGUCAUCAGGGCCAGUCACCGGGGUAUCCAGUGUAGAGCAAUCCAUUGUGGCCCGUGACCCGGUGGCAAUGGCCUUGUAUGCUGUGGUAGUCACUGUAUGUGCACCUAUAUGGGAAGAGAUUGUGUUCCGUGGUUUCCUCCUCCCAUCUCUAACGCGAUACAUGCCUCUUCCAUGGUCGAUCCUGCUAAGUGCUGUGGCGUUUGCGCUGGCGCACUUCAACGUGCAAAGGGUGUUGCCGUUGAUAUUUCUCGGGGUUGUGAUGGGAGGUGUCUUUGCCAGAUCACGCAACCUAUUGGCAUCAAUGGUGCUUCAUAGCCUUUGGAACGGUUUUGUAUUCCUGGAUUUGAUGAAAUGAGAGAAGCUAACAAAGGGAUGUUCAGUGGAGAUUAGACAAAGACAGAUUUUCGAAGAUUUUUGUAUAGGGUCAGAAGAUAGCCAUAGGACUUGUGCCCAGAAGCAUGUUUCUUACCCAUGUAAAUUAUAUACGCGUGAGGAUAAUUACCUCAUCGUGUAUAGAAUCACCCUUUCAUAUGUAUUGUGUAUUUUAUUCUUGAGUAUGUGAUCAGAAAUAUAAAUUCCUUGGUA